AUGCACGCAAAUCGUCGUCGUCUCUCUCUCUCUCUCUUUAUUUCUCAUCUCAUCCUUCACUUUUGCGAAAGCAUCCAAGUUCAAAACUUCCCACGCCGCACCAUGUCUACUGCACGCAAGCCCGUCCUCAGCCUCGAGACCAUCAACCCCGCGGUCCUCGAUGUACAGUACGCCGUCCGUGGCGAGCUCGCGCUCAAGGCCGACAAGUACAUGCACGAGCUUGACACUCCCGGCGGCGGUAAGAACCUGCCCUUUGACAAGGUCGUGACGGCCAACAUCGGCAACCCUCAGCAAAAAGGUCUUAACCAGCGCCCCAUCACUUUCUGGCGCCAGAUCAUCUCGCUCCUCGAGUACCCCGAGCUCAUGGAGGAGCACCUCGAGGUCGCCAAGAAGAUUUACCCCGACGACGUGAUCAAGCGCGCCCAGGGUCUUCGCAAGGAGAUUGGCUCGGUCGGCGCUUACACUCCCUCGAAGGGUGUGCUCGCCAUCCGCCAGCGCGUCGCCAAGUUCCUUGAGGAGCGCGACGGCUACCCCUCGGACCCCGAGCUCAUCUUCCUGACUGCUGGCGCGUCGGCCGGUGUCGCGCAGAUCCUCGACCUCUGCCUCAAGGAGGGCGAGGGCUGCAUGAUUCCCAUCCCCCAGUACCCACUCUACACUGCGACACUCGCUCACAUCGGCGCCAAGCCAGUGCCCUACUACCUCCAGGAGGAUGCGCAGUGGUCGAUGAACCUCAAGUCGCUCAAGGAGAGUGUCGAGAAGGCUAAGGCUGAGGGCAUCAAGCUCAAGUGCCUUGCUGUCAUCAACCCCGGCAACCCCACCGGCGGCUGCCUCAGCCGCGAGGCCAUGCAGGAUGUGGUGCAGCUCUGCUACGACGAGGGCAUGGUCCUCCUCGCCGACGAGGUGUACCAGCGCAACAUUUUCGACCCCGAGCACCGCCCCUUCAUCUCGUUCAAGGAGGUCGUCAAGAGCAUGCCCAAGGAGAUUGCCGACUCUGUCGAGCUUGUCUCGUUCCACUCGAUCUCGAAGGGUGUCUCCGGCGAGUGCGGCCGCCGCGGUGGAUACUUUGAGCUCUGCAACAUCGACCCCGACGUCGUUGAGCAGAUCUACAAGAUGGCUUCCGUGACCCUCUGCCCCCCCGUGACUGGCCAGAUCGGCGUUGACCUCCUCGUUAACCCCCCCAAGAAGGGCGACGCGUCGUACGACCAGUGGCUCGCCGAGACCACCCUCACGCAUGACAACCUCGCUUCGCGCUCCAAGUUCAUGUGCGAGCAGUUCAACAAGCUCGAGGGCGUCAGCUGCCAGCCCGCCGACGGUGCCAUGUACCUCUUCCCCCAGCUCACCAUGCCCGAGAAGGCCAUCGCCAAGGCCAAGGAGCUUGGCAAGCCCGCCGACGUCAUGUACACGCUUGACCUUCUUGACGCCACCGGUAUCUGCGCUGUUGCAGGCUCCGGUUUCGGCCAGGAGCCCGGCACCUACCACAUGCGUGUCACCGCGCUGUGCCCCGGUGUCGAGGAGUACGUCGCGAAGAUCGAGAAGUUCCACAACGACUUUAUGGCCCAGUACAAGUAA